GAGUUCAUUUGGCAGGCUCUCGUAUUUUUGCAGAAGCUCUUUUUUUUUCUCUUCGUCCUGUGCCUCGGUGGUUAUACUUUCUGUUAAUCUAAGGGGUUUCUAUCAGUGCCUGUUUCUGUUUUGUUCUCUCUCCCCUUCCCCAUUUGAUUAUGCUACAGCUUUUACUUCCUCUCCAGUUCUUCCCUUUAUUUUGUUUUUUUAAUGCAUCUCAUAACAGCCAACACACCGUCUCAACUCUCAUGAGCACAACAAUCUGAAAUCUGAGCAAAAUCAAUCUGACCCACCAGCCCGAUCAGCAAACAGACGUGGUGAGGCACGCCGGUUUUGCUAUCCCGCGUUCUAACAUGGACUCUGCUUCCUUUGAAUUACAUUUUUCUUGAGUAUGACCAGCUGGUAGGAAAAAUGAGUCUUCCUGUAGGAAUAGACUCAGAUUGAAUCAAUCCCAAUCUUUAUCUAUUUAAAGACAAGGGCCUGAAAUAGAAAAAAAUACAUCUGUAUUCCUUACUAAACAGAAAAAUACAACCAUACACCUUCUGAUUUCCAAGACGAGCUUAACUUCCUCAUUAACUCAUCAUAAAACCCUGGUCUGUCUUUGUAAAUCUCCUCUGGUCUGGUUGAAAAUAAAUCCCCAAUUAACAGAGUGAAAUGUGAAAAUAUUUCAGCUCUAAACGCGCUCGUCUGCUGCACAUCUCCUCAGUCCCCACCCGCUGGGUGGUGUUGUCCGCAGAGUCACAGUCCUGUUCAGGGCUGCUGUAAAUCACCUCCAUACUGUCUUCAGUCUAUGUUCUGACUUCAAACUCAGUCUUUGAACCCCCUCACACUCUGGCCACAUUCUGCAGAUUAAACCUUUAAUAUAGCAACAAACAGCUAUUCGCUAUGUAAAGGUAAAGUGGAUUAAUGAAGUCCUGAGCAGACAUUAAAGUUACGCUCCCCCUGCAUGCAUUGUAAUCUGAGUGUAACUGAAAAUAAGACUCAAUCAACCGUAUUCAUUAAAGAAUCAUACACUGCAACUUUAAAGACAAUGUGUUUCAAAACUGUUAUUGGAAUUCUGAUUUAAACUAAAUCUGCAUCAAUCACUAUCCUCAAACUCAGUUUAGCAGCAUACUGAGUACUCAGGUUUCUGAUGUAUGAUUCAUGCAGACUCUCAGUUCAGGGGCAGCCCCGCUUUGUCAGAAGCUCUGCCCUGUGGUUCUGCAACAGAUGUUUUCACUUACAGAUCUUCUUUCACGCGGGAGGAAACUAGAGGGCAGUUCCUGACUGUGAGUCAUCACUGGUGCCCCGGCUGCUAACACAGACACAAAAAGAGGGACCUCUCUCUUCAGUCUCGCAUGUAUAACGUGUUGAAGUUGGACAUAUUUUCACAGUUUUUUUUCCCUCCGAUGCUGUGCGCUGGGUGUUUUUAAUGGAUUAUAGGGGCUGAGUCACAUGUCCCGCCUCAGGACACUGGCAGAGCCCUGACAUUGUAAACCAGACCCACAGCUCUUCACUUCAGUUAUUCUCAGUCAAAAGACAAAACACCUCAACAUGGCUGCUGCUGCACUCGUCACAGAGAACUUUAAGUUUGUGUCCCUCUUCUUCAAGAGCAAAGAUGUGAUGAUCUUCAACGGUCUGAUCGCUCUGGGAACGGUGGCCGGCCAGACUGCGUACAAUGUUUUUGCCUUUCACUGCCCAUGUUCCUCUGGGAGGAACUACCGCUAUGGCCUGGCUGCCAUCGGUGUCCCAGCACUGGCAUUUUUCCUGGUGGGAAUAAUGAUGAACAAGAACACAUGGGACCUUGUGUCCGAGUGCCGGCUCAGGAACUGCAGGAAGCUGUCGGGGGCUGCUGCCUUUGCGCUGCAGGGAACCAUCAUAGGUCGAGCCGUGGUAGCUCCUUUAACGUGGGUGGUUAUCUCUCUGUUGCAGGGCCAGGCGUACACAUGUGCCCUCAGUGAGUUUGUUAACUCGAGUACACUGGUCGGUUUUCCCAGUGAUCAGGGGUCAGAGGUCAUGGCGAAAUUCCCGUGUAAAGAAGAUGUUCCGACAGAGGUGCGAGUCUUCUGGCCUGAAAUUGAGCGGCAGCUGAAAUAUGAAUCUCAGCUGAUAGGCUGGCUGCUGGUGGCAGGAACCUCUGUGGCUGUGUUCCUGAUGCUGUGCAUGAAGCGCUGCACCUCUCCUCUGGGUUACCUGCAGGAGGACUACUGGUCCGAGUACCGCUCGAGUGAAAAGGCCCUCUUCGAGCGCACGGCAGCCGUCCACGCCCGCCUCCUGGCCGCAGAGAACAUAAAGAGCUUCUUCGGCUUUGUGGCACUGGACAAGGAUGAGAAGGAGCAGGCGGCUGAGUAUCAGACCGCCACUCCCAUCUGCAGCACUAACUGGAACAGAGUGACCGGUGUCUACCUCUACAGGGAGAAGAAUAAGCUGCCGCUGUACAGCAGGCUCAACAAGUGGGCCACAUACAACCAAGAGCAUAAUGAGGAGGCAAUGGAGAAAGAGAUGGACAUGAUCUACUGAUGGUAGACUUCUGGAAAGAUGGUCGUUAUCUACCCUGAGAUCAGAUGAGGGGAUGCAGAGUGUAACCCCUGUGGGAAGCGCACGGUCUAGGUUCACAUUCGUGGAGUUCCCAGUCACAACCGGAGCAAGUCACUGUAACAUAGACAAUAUUUUGAAGUAGUUACAUAAUGAUGCCUUGAGAUUUUUUUUUUUUUAAGGAGAAAAUUUACGUACAGGAGGUUAACCAAGUGUUUACAAAGCUGGGAUGCUGUGUCAGACAUGAAGAAGCACAAAACACAAUCAUUUGUGUGGUUUUUGGAAGUAUUCCUGAAGCUCAUGUGGUGUCAGUAGAUCCAGGAUGCCCCUUUUCAUACCCGAUCAUGUGACUUUCUAUGUUUACCUGUAAAAGGUGUUUUUGGAACAUGACCGACAUUUCCCAGUCUUUUGUUGCUCCUGUCCCAGCUUGUGUAAAAUGUUCUGCUUGCAUCAAAUUCAGAAUAAGCAUAUUAACAAAAGACUUUGUCUUACACAGAAUCCCAACUCUGCAAGGAGGGUAAAGAAGUUCUCAGGAUGCCACAGAAAUAUCCCACCUGCAUAUUUGUGUAGACAUCUGUUGUCUUUGUCACUGACAUAUUCUGAAUUAAUAAUGAUCAAAUGUACCUCCUUUACUCACUUCCAGUGCGAUCUAAGAUAUAAAACAAAAUUCCAUCAAUUGGAAGUUGCAUUGAUGUGGUCGGUCAUUUUUCAACAGAUUCUUAUUUAGGAAAAAACUGUAUCUAAAAUACACCCUCAUUUAUAGCUGGUAUCAAUGUUUGUUUUGUUUUGUUCCCAUAAUGUUUUUGGUCAAGUGACAAACCAAAUGAAUAUUCUAUAUUGCAGCGUGUUUGCUUUGAAAGAAAGAGCCACCAUAAUUGCAUUUGUGUGUUUGGAUGUGUCUCUGUAGCGUUCUUGCAGUGUUCUGUAUAUGCUAAAUGUUUUUCAAGUGCUGCACAUGUGUUCUCAAAUUGAUGAAG